GGUAUUUUUUUUAUAAAAUAUUAAUGUUUCAUUGCUUUUUGGAAGGGAAUAAUUAAGUAAUGCGUUUAAUAGAUAUGGAGCGCGUACCGAAAAAUGGUUCUGAAUAUAAUUCUGAUAUAGAAAACAGCGUAGACGAUAUUUCGGAAAACGAUAAAUUACUAGCAAAAAAGAAAACAAGAAAACGUGGUAUUAUUUAUUUGUCAACAAUUCCUCCAUAUAUGAACGUUGCCAAAAUUAGGGAGAUUUUUAGUCAGUAUGGUGAUGUCAAAAGAAUAUAUUUACAGUCAAGCGCUAAGCCAGGCGAAAAAAGAAAACGAGUGCCAAACUUAUUUAGUGAAGGUUGGGUUGAAUUCGAAAAGAAGAAAAUAGCUAAAUCUGUAGCAGCAAAUCUUAACAACACACAAAUCGGCUCACGAAAAAAGUCCCGCUACUAUGAUAUGAUAUGGAAUAUUAAGUACAUUCCCAGGUUUAAAUGGAUCCAUUUAAGUGAAAGGCUUGCUUAUGAGAGAGCCGCAAUGAAACAGAGAUUAAGAGCAGAAAUAUCACAAGCAAAGAAAGAAGCACAUUACUUGCAGAAUAACAUUGAGAAGAGCAAGAAGUUAAAAAGGAGAAAAAUGUUGGCAAAUGACAAAAGUGAUGAUUGAAGAAGAAAAAUAUAAUUAGAAUGUUUAUG